AUGAGCACGGAUCCACCGCCACAGCUCACCGAGAUCGGUGAUCAGGACUGGUCUGCACUUCUGCGGGCAACAUCGCACGACUUUGCGUCUCCAAGCAGCACCACUUCGCCUGCCCAACAUUGUCAAGAUGCAUCGCCAUCGUCAUCCGCGGCAGAGCGUGUCUCCACCAGCAAGCAGAAGCAAAGCGAGGAACGCAAGAGUCCCAAUGCAAGCGUAGCCAACCUGCUCACCCUGACGGAGCUGCGCAAAGCAGCAUGGGCACGCAUCUACUCGGACGGCAUCAAAACCGGUGAUGCCACCAUCUCAACAACCCGCCAACCGACAUGGAAGCAAUUCGACUCGCUGAUGUUCAAACGUCACAGAUAUAUUGCAGUGGAUCCACGCGACAAUCGCACGCUGGGAUGGGUUGCUUGCUUCGAUCCGUUCCCACAGUGGUCGGCGCUGCACGAAGAUGAUUGGGAUUCAGAACCGAUGGAGACCGAAGAUGGACGUCAGGGAAGGACGGCAGAGAUCCAAGUCAUGGUGGCCGAAGGUGAACGGGCCAGAGGUGUAGGCGCAAUUCUGGUCAACGCAGUCAUGUCAUCACUCAACUCAGAUAGCAGGUUCUCGGUUGUUCAAGCGGGCUACUUCACCGACAGCGCUGCAGCUGGCAGGCUCUUUGCAAAGUGUGGAUUCCAGGUGGUUUCGACGACAAGCAACGCUGUCAAGAUGCUCGACGGCCCGAAAAGGGGUGCUUGGAGGAAUCUCGUCAUCGUACAAGCCCGCUUGCCACCGCUCGAACAUCAGACAAAGCGGCCACGACAGUCAUCCCCAACGCCAACACCUCCGGCCAUCGACAUGACCAUCAACCCGAAGGCGGUGCACAAGCGACCAAGAUUGGACUGA